CCAAUCAGCGACAAGCAAGGGAACGUUUUUUUUUUUAUUAAGGGAAGCACCGGGCAAGACUUCACUCAGUGUCUCGUUGGGUUUGGUCCGCGGCGCCGACACCUGCGGAAUGGCCUACCUGCUGAAGCGAAAGAGGGACUUCGAGGGACACGACAACAGAGCGAAGCGGCCGUUUGUACCGUCACAUGCAGUGGUGGACGUGGAUGUGCUACAGGCCAGGACUCAGCCUGGCCGCCUCUCCUCGUACCCUCACACUCAGGGUGUGAGUCGGCGGGUGAACCAUGCUAUGAGGUACCCCGUGAACUGUGACCCAGUGGACGGUGUAUCGCCCAAUGUUCACGCCAUGCAGGUCUACCGCACGUCUUGCCCGCGGUGCUUGCAGGGGGAGCCGGGUCACUUUCAACACAUCCUCGAGAAGUAGCUGCCCAUCACGGACCGUCAGGAUCACUAGUACCUGCACUAAGUUAAGACUGAGUUGAACUGAUGGCUGCGGGGAUGGCCAGCAGCUGCACCGGGGAAGGGCAGCGUGUUGGCAGCGGCAGCAGCGAUUGUGAACUUUCAGCCGUGAUGGAAAAGCUCUUCUUGUGAGGAUGUCCUGCCGUGCUCCCUUCUCCAUUCCAUUGGCUUCAUUUUCAUUUCUCAUCCAGAAUGUACCAGUUCAAACAUUUGUAAACAUGCAGCUCCUCCAACAACCUCAUGACUGCAGGGAAGCUGCUGUGCCCAGUCAUAAGGAUGGCUAGCGUGGCUGCAUAGGGCAGUGAGGCAGGGCACUGUGUGUGUGUGCACGUGAGUGGGUGUGGGAUGGUGAAUACAUGUACACAUCCAGUAACAGGAGCAGCUACCAUGGCGGUGAUGCUCUCACAUAUUUUAAAUUGGAUGAAUGGGAUGCAACAGAACGCGGACGUCUUCAUGUAACAAAACGUAUAAGUCUUGCUUGGAUGUGUGCAUGUGUCCUUGCCACAGGUCUUUGCAGGAAUGCAUACAAUAGUACAUGCAUAGCAGCUAUGUAAGUGCAGAACCUACAUGCCACCUUUCCCAAGCAUGUCCAGAAACAAUGUACAAAUUAACAGGAAAAAUUAAUCACAGGUUUAGUCGUAGGCAGCACUCCUGGGAGGCGGUAGUUUUAUACGUUUGACACUGCCCGACUUGUGUGGUCGGGCUCGCCAGUUAGUUACCUCAGCCCCACAGUGUUAGUACUUGGAAUAGGUGAGCAUGUGUUUCUUGAUGCCUCUGAAGUACUAGAAUGAGAUGUACCCCUUCCUUCCUUCCUCCCUCCCUCCCUUGCCCCUAAACUCACUGGUUAGAUUCUCUUAACUUCUCUCUACUUGAUACUGCUGAUUACAUCAGGCAAAGUUCUUUCCUCUAACUUAAAUAGCUUUGUGUAUUGUGAAGCUUUUGUAGGUCAAGAUUUUACAUUUAGCAGUCUGUGUGUGUGUGUGUGUGUGUGUGUGUGUGUGUGUCAGAAUCUGUUGGUCUCCGUCUAUAUCUUGUCAGUCUGUCUGUGAUUUAGUGUGUAUGUUUGUUGUUAUGUAUGUGUGUGUGUGUGUAUAUACUAAGGUUUCCUUGUAUAACAAGGUCGCUAAAUUAGUCAACAAAAUACAAAACGAUACAAAUGUGCAAAAAUUGGCAGAGGUAUAGACUAUAGGUGGGCGGGGGAGUAUUUUGGGAGAAAUAAUUGGUCAGAUCUAAUUCAAAAGUUGUAAAUUAUUGGGUCUGUCUACUCCUAAAAGCUCCGUUACAUGACAGUAAGGGAUUCUCGGGUGUCACGAGUGAAAGGGAAUUAUCUAACAAGUCGUGAAUGUUUACUUGUCCUCCAUCUGCCUUUCCUGAGUUCUCUGUACUAGAAGAUAUUUAUACUUAGGUCCAUGUGUCUCUUUUGGACUAUAAAGAGCAAAACUUA